UUUGUCGAAAACACGAUAUAAAACGCCAUUUUCUUCUUCUACUUAAAUAACAUAAUCCACCUAUUCGACUCAACUUCCCAACCUCCAUAUAAUAUUCAGAAUUUAGCAGCAUCUCAAAAAUAUUUUUAAUUAAUAAUUAUUAAAUUAAGCGUGUUUUUAACCGACAUGGUCAAUACACAUUUUCAGCUCCCAUAUUUAAAUACCGAUCAGUGUAUGUUGCGACAAGGACAGAAAAAACUUGGCUCUUAUGGUUUAAUCUUCGAAAGGCCAUACUUCUAUCUUUGUGACGAAUUAUUAAUUUGUUACCCGAGCCAACUGAUCGGUAAUAAUAGACGAAAUGGAAUUAUUACAACAGUUCCAUAUCGCCUUCGUGAAGCAAAGAAGAACAAUAUCACCCUACAAUGCGAACAACGACGAAAAAAAUUUUGUAAUGAAGAGAAAAACAAACAUUUGUGUACGAUUGGACAGCCUGGAUCGACUAUUUGGCAUGGAAUUAUGAUUAAGACUGAAAACAAGAAUCAAAACCCAAAUAAUUCCACUGUUUUUGUAACAACAAUAUUAUUGUCUAUUACAAAACAAAAGUAA